CUCCUAAUUCCCAACUGCUAAGCUACACCAAUGCUAUAUUUAGAAAUAGGAUUAUGAAAUUUAACUAAUUAACAACAAAAAAUGGAUCAAAUUAAAGGCAAAGUAUGUGUAACUGGAGCUUCUGGUUAUUUAGCUUCCUGGCUAAUUAAGAGACUUCUUUUAUCAGGAUAUCAUGUCAUUGGUACCGUAAGAGAUCCAGGAAAUGAGAAGAAAUUGGCACAUCUAUGGAAGCUAGAAGGAGCAAAAGAGAGACUGAAAUUGGUGAAAGCUGAUUUAAUGGAAAUAGGCAGUUUUGAUGAACCAAUCUAUGGCUGCCAAGGUGUAUUCCACACUGCCUCUCCUGUGGUCAAACCCACAUCUGAUCCAAAGGCAGAAAUCUUGAAACCUGCUGUUGAAGGAACUCUGAAUGUGUUGCGUUCGUGUAAGAAAAAUCCAUAUCUAAAGCGAGUGGUGCUUACAUCGUCGUCAUCUACUGUAAGAGCUAGAGAUGAUUUUGAUCCUCAAGUACCUCUUGAUGAGUCAUCUUGGAGCUCUGUUGAACUUUGUGAAACACUUCAGAUAUGGUACGUUUUAUCGAAAACGUUAGCUGAAAAAGCAGCAUGGGAGUUCUGCAACAAGAAUAGGAUUGAUUUGAUAACUAUUCUUCCUUCGUUCGUAAUUGGACCUAGUUUGCCACCUGAGUUAUGUUCUACUGCUUCUGAUGUUCUUGGCUUGCUUAAAGGAGAAACAGAAAAAUUCCAAUGGCAUGGAAGAAUGGGAUAUGUGCACAUAGAUGAUGUAGCCCUUUGUCACAUUCUUGUUUAUGAGCACAAAAAUGCACAUGGACGAUACCUCUGUAGCUCAACUGUACUUGACAAUGAUGAACUAGUUUCAUUUUUAUCAACUCGUUAUCCGUCUCUUUCUGUACCAGAGAGAUUUGACCAAUUCGAUAGACCGUACUACGAUUUCAACACAUCGAAGGUGAAGAGCCUAGGAUUCAAGUUCGAGUCGAUCCAGAAAAUGUUCGAUGAUUGUGUUUCGUCGCUCGUCGAGCAAGGUCAUCUUCCUUUGUUCAAGUUAAGCUAAUUGACAAAUUGGAGGAUGAAGAUCUUAAUUUGUUAUUGUCUAGAUUGUGGUGCUACAUAUAUUUAUGCAGCUACUUUGUUGUGAACUUUUUAAUGCUGUAAUAAUCCUAAGAAAUGUGGUUUGAAAAAGUCUAAAUAAAAUUUUUAUAUUCACAAGA